AUGGUGAAAAAUCACAAAUGGCUCGCAGCUGCAUGUGCAGCGCGAUGGAAAAAUAAGCCGCUGGUUUCUGCAUGUUCCUCUGUACAAGCUCUUUCACCACCAUCAGCGCAGUCUGCAGGCAUACCCAAAGCGCUCAGCACAGAAUUCAGUCCAAUAGACUUGGAUUUUGACAAUCUCUCUGACUGUGGUUACACUGGGGGUAUUGAUUUCCAUCAGCUGAAUGAUGAGCAUGAAUCUGACUCACCUUCAGGAAAUGAAUGGUCUGAUGAUGAAAGUCUCUGUGAGCUGGAGGGGAAUGAUCUUGAAGAAAAUUUGAAAGGACUUCAAGCAGAGACAUUUUUUGACAAGUUGUCAUGGCCAAAGACCAGUAUGUGGUGUGCACCAAAAGCUAGUGCCAUGACUCAGAGUGGAAUGAGUGAUGGUGCUCAGUCAGAAGGUUCUUCCAACACCACAACUCAGAACUUCCAGCUGCAACCAGGCACCAUAGCCAUUGAUUUCGCUGGCUACCUUUCAGAUGAAUCAGACCUGAACAGCAAAGAUGACUCUGACUCCGAGUUGGGUGAAGAUGCUUGGCCACCUGACUCGGGGUAUCAAUGUGUGGUUGCGAAAAGUAGCCAAAGCACACACAAAUGUUUGCCCGCUGUUCCACCACUCAAACACUGA